GGGCUUUCUCCCGCAGGCGUAGCCCUGCUUGCGCAGGAUGGACCCUGUUGUCCUGAGUUACAUGGACAGUUUGCUGAGACAAUCGGACGUUUCUUUACUAGAUCCUCCCUGCUGGCUUAACGACCACAUCAUUGGGUUUGCCUUUGAGUAUUUUGCCAACGACCAGUUCCGAGACGUCUCCGACCAGGCCUGCUUCGUGGGCCCGGAGGUGGCUCAGUUCAUCAAGUGUACCACCAACCAGGAGGAGCUGGCCCUGUUCCUUGAGCCCCUGGCCCUGUUGCACAAGAAAAUGGUGUUCCUGGCGAUCAACGACAACUCCAACCAAGCGGCAGGCGGCACCCACUGGAGCUUGCUAGUGUAUUUCCAAGACAAGAACUGCUUUGCUCACUACGACUCCCAUAGCAGGUGUAACUCAGCGCACGCCAAACAGGUGGCAAGGAAUCUGCAGUCCUUCCUUGGCAAGAGGGGCAAAGUUGCCUUUGUGGAGGAGAAGGCCCCGGCGCAGCAGAACAGCUAUGACUGUGGGAUGUAUGUGAUCUGCAACACUGAGGCCCUGUGCCGAGAAUUCCUCCUCCGAGAGCAGCAGGAACCGGUGCUUCAGCUCUUGACUCCUUCCUACAUCACAGGCAAGAGAGAAGAAUGGAAAAAACUCAUUGCUACGCUCUCCGAGAAGUGACUUGUGACUUCUUUCCAGAUAUUGGUCUUUUUUCU